GUCUGCUUGUCUGGCUGUCUGUGUACUUGUCUGGAUUUCUUUAUGUCUGUCUGUCUAUCUGUCUAUUUAUCUCACUGUUCGUUCAUUUGAUUGUCAAUCUAAAUCGCUCCCUGUUAUCUAACGUCCAUUUAUUUGACUGACUUCACUUGACUGUUUAUCUACGUCGCUGUUUCUCUAACAGUCUACUUCGCUGUCCAUCUACCUGACCAUCUGUGUACCUGCGACCCUACCCCGUGACCAUGGCUUCCAGUUUCAACGACGUUCUGAUCAGCGGUCAAGACGCCACCAACUACAGCAUCAACUUCUCCCAGUCGCUAGGCAACAGCAGUGACGUAGGCGGUGGCAGCAACCUGAGCUCCCAGGACCGUCCCUCCUCCACAGCCCUGCACAUCGGCGCUGUGGUCAUGCUCAUCGCUCUCCUCUGGGGCCUGUUCGGCAACAUCCUCACCUCGUUCGUCAUCCUCACCAACAAAGACCUCAAGAGUACCACCAACGUGUUCAUCGUGAGCCUCUGCAUCAACGACAUCCUCAAUCUGGGCAUCAACAACAUGAUCGUGCUUAUCUCCUACUUCAUGAUGGAGUGGACCAUGGGCCUUGCGAUCUGUGAGAUGGUCAUGCACUUCACCGUUCUCUUCAUGGGCUCCUCCCUGUGGCACACCGGACUCAUCUCCAUCCACCGCCUUAUCGUCGUCUGCUUCAACAACUUCUACAAAAAGAUUUCCAAGAAAGCCUACACCAUCUUCGUCCUCUCCUUCGCCCGCAUCGUCCCCGUUCUCUUCAUCAUCACGCCACACCUGGGCCGCAUGUCCCAGUUCCAGCCCAAGCUGAUCCGCUGCCUGGCACGGAAAGAGUUCGGCCUGUACACCAUGCUGGUCAGCGUGACCCUGCAGAUGCUGCCCUCCAUCGUCCUCAUCGUCUGCUACAUCGCCAUCUUCAUCAAAGUGUUCCGCUCCUCCAGCGCCAUCCGGGCCACGCGGAAACGUGAGUGGUUGCGGCGGGAGAUCCAGGUCACCAAAAUGUUCGGCAUGGUCUUCCUGCUCAUCAUAAUCGGCUACCUCCCCUACGGGAUCGUUCGCUUCAUCGACAGGAAGCUGGAGCUGAGCGCCGACUUCUACGUGGGUAUCUCGGUGGUGUACGCCGUGGCCAACAGCUGUAACCCCAUCAUCUACGGCGUCAUGGAUCGCAAGAUCCGCCGCUACUGCUUCCGCGCCCUGGGCCUGGAGGAGUCGUGCAUGCGCAGUGACCAGCAGAUGAAGAAGAACAUCAGUCUGAGGACCAACGGCGAGCCCGAGAUGGCCACCGAGACAGCUGCUGUGAGCACUCCGGGGAGAACUGUGGCCCCCACCGCCACCACUGUGGCCCCCACCACCUCCGCUUCCUCCUCCUUACCCCCGCCCUGUCAGGUCUGACUACACUCGGGGGUGGACUUUAAC